AUGGCGGGCGCUUUAGUGGGAGCGCUGCCCUUCCCGGUCAGUGAGCUGACCUGGGAGAAGCUGCCGGCUGUGGUGGAAGCGGGCAAAUUGAGUUUUGAGAACGCAGUGAUGGUCAUGAAGCUGGUUCUUGGCGAACCUCCAGAGGAGAUCGACAUGAAGGCUUUGGAACGGCAGUGCCCUGGUGGUCAGCAAGCUGCGGCCAAAUCAAAAGCGAAGGCUAAGCCCAAGGCUAAGCCAAAAGCUUCUGGGAAAGCGAAGGCGAAAGGGAAGAGUCAACCGAAGGUCAAAGCGAAGGCAAAAGCUGCUGGUGGGAAGGCUCGGGCCAAAGCGAAGAGUGGAGCUUCGAAGAAGGUUGAGAUCGUUAUGAAGCGGCCUGCAGCAGCUCCUGGCCGGGUCAGGCGACCGCCUGUCAAAGAGCCGGAGCAGCCUGACUUGGUGCUGGAGCUCGAGCAGAAGAGGAAGAAUGAGGAGGAGGCUCCUGCAGCUGAUGCUUUUGAAAUUCCGUCUUGCUUGACACUGCAGCAGGGUUUGGAACAUGUGGAGCAGCAGCACUCGCAGCCUGCGCAGCCUACAAUUGAAGUGGACUCGGCUUCGCAGGCUUCCACCCUACAGCUCGGGGCAUCGGUGUCAACAGUGCCGGCGACAGCAGCGGAGCUUGAGAUGCGAGCGCAGCUGGCGACCCUGCAGGCUGAGCUUGAUGUCUUGCAGAAGAAGGGCCAGAGUGCGGCAGAUGACCCGCAGCAGCCACUGAGGCGCAUUCCUCCAUCGCUGGCGUUGGACACACCGAUCUUUGGGUCUCCAGACAACCAGAUGGGAUUGGAAGAGUCCCAAUUCGCUGACACCAAGGUACCUGCUUCCUCACUUGAUGAGCCUGCUGCAAUGGAGCCUGCACCUGCUGUGAGCCAUGCGGCUCCUUCAACCACGCCUGCUCCUGCUAUGUGCCCAUUGAUGGUGGCUGUACCGGAGGAGGCUGGCACUGCCAUGGACCAGUCAAAGGUGGCUCCUUCACCGGAGGAGGCUGCUGUGGCUAUGGAGAAGCCUGCAGAGCCUACUGCUCCUAUCGGUUCUUCACAGGUACCACCUGCUGCUAUUGAACCACCUUCAAAUUUGGCACCUGCUGCUCCAAUCAAACCACCUUCACAUGUGGUGCCUGCUGCUCCUAUUGAGCCAACUUCAAAGGUGGAACCUUCACCACAGGAGAUGGCUGCUGGGGCUAUGGCUCUUGUGGUGGCACCUGCCACUGCUGCGAUGGCUCCUUCACCCGCGGAGCCUCCUGCUAUGCCAAAGGAACCUGCAAACGCACUGACCAUUUCGAAGGGUGCCAUGCCCGUGGAAUCUGUUCCUCCUGCCCACAUUCCUGAUCAGCCUCAAGUUGAUGAGCGAGACCAUGCUAUUGCAACUUUGCAGGCCAAGCUCAAGGUGUUGGAAGAUCAGUUAUUGUCCAACGCCAAGGCUUCCAAUGCCAAGGCUCCUCAAGUAUCUUCGUUGAAUGUGGUCACUGCGCCUCCAGCUGACCUUCCUGACCAUGCCAUGGUGGAGCUGGAUGGGGAGCCCCUCAAUCCAGUAGAGUUGGAUGAGGAGAUGCAGCGGCUCAUCAAUGAGAAUUCUGGCCCUGGCAGUACAUGGAAGGAUGAUGUAGUUGAUAACGAAGAGCAGGAGGAGAAGAUCAACUACAGCACCCACAGAAACAGUGGUAUGAGGUUGAACCGUUUCAUGGAAUCCAAAGAAGGUGCCAAGUUUCCACAUAUGAGGGCCAUGUUUGAAUCAGACAGAACGGCUUUGCUUCGUGUGUGGGUCCUGAACAAGGAGAACAGGAACCAGUGUGAGAGUGAGGUGAUCCUCAGCCGUUCCAAAUCGGCAAGGAUUGAAGGCAUCCGUGAAUGCAUCACUGUGAAGGAGAUGAUUAAGCGUGGCUGGCCAAAGGGCAAGAUCUUGGGAGCGAUCCAGAAAGGUGGUGGCAUUAAGGACGAGCAUGAUCCUACAGAUCCCACCCUGACGUCCUAUUGGUGCAUCACAGGCCGGAAAAAGGUGGACAGCGAGGAGAUGAAGCAGGAGUCAACGAUGCGGGUGAAGACAGAAUCCAAUGCAGAGUCUCUUGAUGCGCUGCUUGGAUCAACUCCUGCGCUGCCACCUUCAUUGGGCCUAAGCGCUGCAGCUUCUGGGAUGUCAGAUGAGCAAGUCAAAGCUUUGGCUGAUGCCUUGGGCAGUGGCCUGAAGAAGGAGCUUGGUCAAAUGACCGUUGCCACGGACCUGCCGAAGGACCAUGCACUUCGCAAGGUUCUGCCCGAGAUCGCCUGGAAGUGCAACGCCGGGCAGAGCUGGAAUCAUUGUCUGAUGAGCGCGGCGUCCACACUGCGUCGCGGCGGUGCGGCCUGGCACUUCCCGUGGAGGUACUUGUACGAUGACAAUGGAAUCAACAUCACAUUGCAAGCGGCUGCCCAGUGGAUUGCGGAAUCCAUCAACCGCUUAUCUGUGGAUGGUGUGCGAUUGAAGGAUCCCACUACAGGAGAGGAAGCGGGCCAUUUCUAUGGGUAUGCAGUCCACUUCAAAGGUGACUGGAAAUAUCUUGUGGCUUUGUUCAACAUGACCCAGAGCGCCCAGCAAGAGCAGGUUUGUUGGAAGUGCGGCGCCAGCAAGGGGACUUCAGAUCCCAAUAUGUGCUAUGUGAAUUUGAACCAUGAUGCGCCCUGGCGUCGCACCGCUGUCUCUAUGUGGAGCGUUAAGCCUGCUUUCGCAAACAUUGUUGGAUUCUCAAAAGAGAUGGUUGCGCCAGAUGUGCUGCACUGCUGGCACCUUGGUGUUUGCAGGGAUUUGAUUGGAUCCGUGGUCCGCCUAUUGGUGUCAGAAAGAUAUUGGCCAGGGUCCAACAUCAACGACCGUUUAGCAUUCGCUACUGCUUCAUUGAAAAGGUGGGCGAAGCAUCGUGCAUUGAGCCUGACUAUCAAGCGAUUGACAAAGCAAAACCUGUCUUGGGGUGAUCAGUACUUUGGAUAA